GGCUACUUUUGAGAUGCCAAGAGCUGCCAGCAUCACUGGAAAUGCCUGUUUCUUCUCUAAAUAUGUAAUUGAAUGAAGUCUUCAAGCCACCAAUAUCAUUCUUGUUGAUGUUGAUGUUCUUCCGAAGGCCUAUUGUGCUUGAUUAGUUUUCCAUGACCAUUUUAGGAAUUAAUAUCAUGGCUGAUCCGUGGAAUGCAUCCUCAGAAUGUCUUAACAUUAUGGGACUCUGGCUGUGGUUUGAGCGUGGAGCUGUAGACGAUGCUAUGUUCUGUGAGAAUCGGGAGACUGUUCCCCAAGAAGUGCAUAAACUGGCAAACCGCAUAUGCCUCCCGGCGCUGAUUGAUCUUAAGCAGCGAACCUGCAAUGGUGAAUUUGGAACAAGCUCUGGACAGUGUACUGUGCUGGUUCAAUCUUCUCUAGACAAUAAUUUGGUUCAGAGAUUAUCUUGGUUGACUUCUGGCAAAAAGCUGUCCAUCUGUCUUGAAAAUGAGAUGGGGGCAUAUUCAAACGAUGUUUGCUACAUUCGCUGAUGGCCCCCCAGUGGCUGAGCCUGAAAGCAGUGAGUUCCCCACUUCAUUGUUCGAGAACUGCAUUGAGUCUGCACAUGCAUGAGGUAGAGCCUGGAUGAGGACCUGUCUAUGCUUGGAUAUGCUUCGGAGCUCUUCAUUUGUCCACAACAUUCUGAAGUGGGAGAUUGUGGCGAAGGUGAUGAUCAAUGGUAAGAGUGUCUGGAUGAGGUCAUAUGUAUCGCGAAUUGGGUGGAAGCUGAAGCUCUGUCCUCCAUCAAGCACCAACUUGCUAGGCAUGAAGUAUUUUUGAACUCCUGUUGAAAUCAGAGUUCCUCACUUCAUUGCCCGGGAAUUGCAUUGAGUCUGCACAUGCAUGAGGCAGGACCUGGUGUAAACCUGUGUACACUUGGACAUGCUUCUGCAGCUCUUCAUUUGUCCGCAGCAUUCUGAAGUGGGAGAUUGUCGCAAAGGUGGUAAUCAAUGGUAAGAGUGUCUGGAUGAAGCUGUAUGUAUCGCAAAUCGGGUAGAAGCUGUAGUUCUGUCCUCCCUCAAGCACCAACUUGCUUAGCCUGAAGUAGUUUUGAACUGAUGCUGUCAGAUGGGAAUGGCGAUUGCUUUGAUUUUAAUGUUCUCUGGUGGUUUCUGUCGUCCUGUUGAUGGGCUGUGUUCAGUGUGUGGUGGUUUACAGUUAUGGAAUUAGUUUCUGAUGGCUGUGCAAUCUGCAAAUGGCAAAAGAUAAAUGAAAGGUUGAAUAUUGCAUCAGUUAGAAACUAAUUGCUUCUCUUUAUGUUGACAGCUAGGUUAACGACAUCUGGCACUACUUGUGAAAAUAUGGUUUUCUUCCUUUAUUAUAAUAUUGUAAUUAUUACGCCCUUCGUUUCACUUAGUGUGUCCACCUUUUCCAUUUCUGUCUGUCCAUUUAUCAUGUUAUUUUUCUUUUUUGAAAAAGAUUUAUACAAUUUAAUCUUAUUUAAAAUUUUUUAAUUUAUAUAUAUUUUUUAAUUCUAAUUAGACUAAUUAUUUAUUUUAAUUUUAAUCUAACUUUUUUUAUUAUACAAUAAUUAUUAUCACUAGUAUAUUUUUAAUUAUUUACUAAUUAUACCUCUUAAAUUCCUCCGGUAAAUGGGACACCGUAGGUGGGACUGGUAAAUGGGACACCGUUGGUGGGACGGAAGGAGUAUUAUUAAUCUCACUUUACUCUUUCUUUACUCUCUUGUCAAUUGAUUUUUUCAUGAUUAAAUUUUUCUGAUAAUUAAUGAAGAACAAGAAUCAUGUUAAUAACUAAAUGCACUUUCUGUGCACCAUUUGUGCUUGCUUCAUAUGUUUCUUUUUGUUUUGUGGGAUAUUUUCUCUCUUAGAUUAUAAUUUUUUAGAAAUGCGAAGUUAAAGCUCUUG